UAUCAUUUGCUUUCUGCUCUUCUGCUGCCGCCUGCCAACAAACCAAGCCAUCGUGCGGUUUUCUCAGUCCUCAUUCUUACGAGAAGAAUAGGUAAUUUUCGUUUACCAACAGCCACUAGCUGACACAAAGUACCUCCAGUUUGUUGUGGUCAGUUGUGUUGCGUGUGAUAGUACCUCCGUCUUUCUAGUUGUAAUUGUGUGCGUGCGCCUAGUAGUACUUUUACCAUUCACUUUGAGUCUUCCGUCUGUCCAGUAAUAAAGUAUCAUUAGGAACUCUAUAUAAUUUGCAUUACGUGGCUGUUCUUUUUAAAAACGGUACUCUCAGUAAAUAUUAUGUUACCUCAUUGGUGAUAUGUGUUUUAAGCGAAUCGCAGAGAUGAACAGACAGCGACAAUAUGUCAGUCUAUCAAGCUCUUAUAACCAAGGCCCGUGACAAUAUCAGAGAUAUUUGACUUAAUUAUAACAAAUCUAAACUCAUUAGCUAUUAUAAACACAUUUAUAAAUACAAUUGACUAAGAUUAAUGGCAUCCAAUAAUAAUGAUAAUAAUAGUAAUUCAAUUGCGUCUAAAUUAGAAGACAUCACUGAACAAAUUACACAAAUGCAAUCAGAUCCAAUAUUUUUGCAAACAACAGCAUGCCAAGUAAUUGCAGGUCUUUUUGUAUGGACAGCAGUGUUCGUUACUUGUCAGCAGAUAUAUUAUCAUCUUCGCUGGAACACAAAUCCAGCAGAACAAAGGUGGAUCAUACGUAUACUUUUCAUUGUACCAAUUUAUGCUUUACAUUCAUGGGUCAGCUUAUUAUUUUUUAAUAAUGAACACUACUAUGUGUAUUUUUUCACUAUAAGAGAUUGCUAUGAAGCUUUCGUCAUUUAUAACUUUAUGAGUUUAUGUUAUGAAUAUUUGGGCGGAGAAGGCAACAUAAUGAGUGAAAUUCGUGGGAAACCUAUACUUUCAAGUUGGCAGUAUGGAACAUGUUGUUUGACUGGACGUACUUACACAAUUGGUUUCUUGCGGUUCUGUAAACAAGCCACGUUACAAUUUUGUCUUGUAAAACCAGCUAUGGCCUUUGUUAUUAUAUUUUUACAAUAUAUUGGUCAUUAUCAUGAUGGAGAUUGGAGUAUUGAUGGAGGCUAUUUAUAUGUAACUUGCAUAUAUAAUCUAUCAGUUAGUUUGGCUCUAUAUGGACUUUUCUUAUUCUAUUUUGCAACCAGAGACCUGUUGACACCUUUUGAACCAGUCCUGAAGUUCUGUACAAUUAAAAGUGUUAUAUUUCUGUCGUUUUGGCAAGGUGUAUUGCUUGCUGUUUUGGAAAAAGCUAAAGUAAUUUCUCCACUUAUUGACUCCAGUGGUCAGCCUACAAGUGCUGGUACUGUAUCUGCAGGCUAUCAAAACUUUUUAAUUUGUAUUGAGAUGUUGUUUGCAGCAUUGGCCUUACGAGCUGCAUUUCCUUAUGAAAUAUAUGCUAGUAAUGUGCAAACUAGUACAGGACAACCAUCUAGCUCGCGCACAGUAACAAUGCAGAGUAUAUCUAGUAGCUUAAAGGAAACAAUGAAUCCAAAAGAUAUUAUGACGGAUGCCAUACACAAUUUCCAUCCUCAGUACCAACAAUAUACACAAUAUAGUUCUGACGUUGGUUCCUCUCAACCUUAUGAAAAGUUAUAAGCAUGGACAUGUUUUAGUAUGAUUUGCUCUCUUCAUUUUAGAUUUUAGAGAAUGCAAUUAUAGUUUAUUUAUAAAUUUGUAAUUAAUAUUUACUAGUUUAAUAAAACUUUUGAAGUAUUUUAAAUUGGGUAGCUGCAAUGUGAUUAUUUUGUUAAGACAUUGUUUAUAUUUUAUUUAUUCUUACUACUUUUACUUUUUAUUUGUUUUUUGAAGAAUGCUUGAUUAUUUUUUAUUUUAACAGUGUUAUUUUGUGUCAUUAAAUUUUAUCUUUAUACCAAUGGUAAAAUUUUUAAAAAAUCUCUAAGAAAAAUAUUGAUUUAUUAAUACAAUUAAAAUGUCUUGCUAGUCAAUAUU